UAUUAUGAUUACUUCAAGGUUAAAUCAGUUUACAAUCAACGACAAUCAAUUCCGUCAUAGAUUUCGAAUGCACAAACCAUUCUUCUGUCACAUUAUGGAUAAGAUGGUUGGGGGGGAUCAAUUCUCCUAACAACGUAGGAAUGUAGCUGGAAGUCUUAGCUUAUCACGACUACAAAAAUGCACUGCAGCAAUAAGAAUGUUAGCUUAUGGUUUGGCUCUGAAUGUCGUGGAUAAAUACAUACGCAUGAGUCAAACUUCCUUUAGGAAGUCAUUGCAAUAUUUUACUCAAUGGGUGAUCAAACAGUUUGAACCUGAAUACAUAAGAAGUCUAACAUAUGGUGAUUUAAGAAAAAUCCUUCACCAAUUAAAGCAAUUUGCAGGUCGUAGAAGAACGCAACCCUAAUUUAGGAAACCGUGGCAGGUCAAGAUUUAUGGAUUUGACAUGCAUUAAUUUGGAAUCCCCGACCCUUGUAAUGAUCUUAACGUCCUUUACCGUUUUUUGACAUUCGAUGAUGUUCUGCAAGGUCGAGCACCUCUAAUUAAUUUUAUGGUAAACGAUCAUGAGUACAACAUAGGUACAUAAUGAAAGCUUGUAUCAUUAUGUACAAAAUGACCGACGAGGUUUUAAAAAGGUAUUACGAAUUACAAUUUUACCCCAAUAUAUAGUAUAAAAUGACAAAUGCAACCUCUUAAUGCACAAAUUUCGUCAAUCAAAUACGGAGUAGAUUAACUUGUAUUUUCUCCUAGAUUUUUUCAUAUUUCAUCAUAUAUUAUCAUUUCAAAAUUAUUUUUAAGAUUCCCAAGAUUUCGGACAUCCUAUUUUAAUAAACCAUCCUCACAUCUCUUCCCCUCCGACGUUUCCGUCCACCAUUUUCCAGUUUCUGAACAUUUUUGGAGGAAAAACAAAGAACCCAACUUCCCAAAAGAAAAAAGAAAAAAAAAAUUCCAUAAAAAUUUCUCAAGAAAUUCUAGGCAUUUUCCCAAUAAUUUCUGGGUAAUGGCGAUUCAUCUGCGUCUGAAGGGGACGUUGCUCCUCUUUGUUGUUGGUUUAGCCAUCGCUUUUGCUGCCGAUGAUGCCGUUUCUUCCAAAUGCAGCAACAAACCUCGAAAGGUUAAGGUGAAAUACUGGGUCAAUGGUGUUGAAAAAGGUCUUUUGAAGGCAAUAACUGCAGAUUUUGGCCCUUACCCUCCUCAUGAGGAAAAAAGUCCUAGAUUACCAGCUGUAUUAACAAAUCCCUUGAAUGGUUGCUCUAAUUUAACAUCGAAGGUGAGUCAAUCAGUUGCACUUUCUAAUCGGGGGGAAUGCGAAUACACAAUCAAGGCAAAAGUUGCUCAAUCCGGUGGUGCUGCAGCUUUGAUUGUCAUAAAUAACCAAGAUGAACUAGAUGAAAUGGCUUGUUCCAAGAAUGUAACUGAUUUGAACAUUGCUAUUCCUGUCGCCAUGAUUUUAAAAUCCGGAGGAGACGUUCUUAGCAAAGCUAUAGAAGCAAGGAAUCGAGUGGAGCUGCAAAUAGACUUGCUAAAACCUCCAGUUAUUGAUCUUCCUAGGACCUUAUUAUGGGUUAUAGCUGUUGCAACACUUACAAUUGCUUCCAUCUGGCCGGAUCUAUGUGUACAAGAACAGAUUGAUGAAAGCUAUGAUGAACUGUCACGAAAGGAAUCUUCUGCAGCCAAGGAUGAUUCUGAGCUGGAUACACUUGACAUAAAUGUGAUGGGUGCUGUGGUGUUUCUCAUUGUGGCUUCAGCGUUCCUGCUGCUACUAUAUUUUUUUAUGUCAUCAUGGUUUGUCAUUGUGCUGAUUAUUAUGUUCCUCAUCGGAGGUUCUGAGGGAAUGUAUUAUUGCUUCACAAGUCUUUUGCUAAGACGAUGUGGAAAUGCCAGACAAAUACAUAUUAAAUUACCUCUGGUUGGGGAAUUUUAUGUUAUUCGUUGUUUGUUCUGGUUGGCUUGUUUUGGCUUUGGAAUUUUUUGGGUGGUGACUCGACACAGAUCAUACUCGUGGAUUGGUCAAGAUAUUCUAGGAGUUUGUUUUAUGAUCAGAGUUCUGCAGAUGAUUCGGUUGCCCAAUAUAAAGGUUGCAACAGCGCUAUUGUGUUGCGCGUUCUUAUAUGAUAUCUUUUGGGUCUUCAUAUCAAAAAGUAUAUUCCAGCAAAGCGUCAUGGUUGUGGUUGCCAGUGGUCAAAAUAGCGGCGGCGAAAAUCUCCCUAUGCUUUUGAGAAUCCCUCGCUUUAAUGAUCCAUUUAAUGGUUAUAAUUUGCUUGGCUUUGGAGACAUUCUUGUUCCUGGUUUACUUGUCUCAUUUUGCUACAGAUUCGACAAGGCACAUAAGAAGGGCUUAAUCAAUGGAUAUUUUUUCUGGUUGGUGAUUGGUUAUGGUGUUGGGCUCAUCUUCACAUACAUAGCUUUGUCCCUGAUGGAACAGGGUCAACCUGCGCUGUUGUAUCUCGUACCUUGUACAUUAGGCCCGGCAGUUAUAUUGGGUUUCUUCAGAGGUGAGCUGAAAGAUCUUUGGAAUCGUGAAUCUGAAUCAGAAUCAGAUGGACAACAAUCUGCUGAAGUGUGAAAGGCCAGUAAUUAGCCAAAAUUGUAUUUCAACACUGGUCGAUAUAUGUAGGCUACUCAUGAUCGAUUAUUGUGCAUAAUCUUUUCUGCUUUAUUAUGUUUAAUUUUGGGAGGGAUACCAUACAGUUGGUGUAUUGUUAUGUUGUACAAAAUGUAUAAUUCACGAUAUAGGACUAAAAAAAGUAUAGAAAAAAAUGUUAGGCAGCGCAUCAGAGAGCGCAAAAUUACUUCAUUCUAUAUUUGUUCGCUCUGUUCUAGGACUAUGAUCAAUACAGCAGCAAUAGUACUGUCCAUUUCUGCUUCUA